AUGCUAUUGAGUGAUGAAUCAAAAGAAAUUAAGUCGGAAUAUUUUCCGGUUACUGCUCCUUUUGAAAUGGACUAUGAAAAUUUUUCGUCUUUGACGAAACUGUUCAGAGUAACCGCUACUGCCAUGAGAUUUAUUCAGAAAUUGAAAAAGGAAAACCUCAAUAAUAGUUCACUGUCCCUGGAAGAGAUAGAAUCAGCCGAACAAUUGUGGACGUUGCAUAUUCAGAAGAAGAACUUUAAAGAUGUGUUCCAAUCCUUUACAAGAAAUCAGAAAAACAACCUUAAAACUCAACUUGGCGUUUUUAUUGAUAGCAACGGGAUGCUUCGUUGCAAAGGUCGUCUUGAAAAUGCAGGUUUGACCGAAGCCGCUAGAUUUUCACUUCUGUUGCCUUCAAAAGAAAAAUUCACGAAAAUGUCGAUAAAACGAACACAUAAACAGUUACUACAUAGUGGAGUUUCUCACACACUCAGCCAAAUUAGACACCGAUAUUGGGUUCCUCAAGGCAGAGCAACCGUACGAAAUGUCCUAAACAAUUGUGUCGUGUGUCGUCGUUUGGAGGGCGGACCCUAUAAAAUGCCGCAAAUACCAUCUCUACCUAAGGAAAGAGUCACGGAAUCUACGCCGUUAUCUAGAACGGGUUUAGAAUAUUUUGGGGGUGUUAGCAUUAAAACUUCUGAAAGACUAAAGAAGGUAUGGGUGUGUCUUUUCACAUGUUUGGUAACCCGUGCAGUUCAUUUAGAGAUGAUACAGGAUUUGUCUGCAAAUGAGUUUAUUAUGUGUUUGAGGCGAUUCAUAGCUCAAAGGGGUAAACCCAUUGAAGUCAUUAGUGAUAAUGCACUACAGUUUAAACUUGCUAGGCAGACAAUAGAUUUAUUGUGGCAAGGUAUUAUAAAAUGUGACGACGUACAAAGCUAUGCAUCAACUGAAAAUAUCAGGUGGUCAUUCAUCGUAGAAUUUGCUCCCUGGAUGGGAGAGUUUUAUGAGAGCUUAGUCGGACUAGUAAAAAGAUCAUUACGCAAAGCGAUAGGUAGGAAAAUCUUAACCGGCGUUCAAUUUGUUACAACAUUGAAAGAAGCAGAAGUGGGUGAUGUAGUGUUAAUCAAGAAAGAUAUUCCAAGAGGCGAUUGGAAAAUGGGACUAAUAAUCAGUUUACAUACAAGUAGUGACGGUGAAAUUAGAUCCGCAAAGUUAAAAUCAACAUCUGGUCGAAUUGUUUGUCGGCCUUUAAACCUGCUAUUUCCUGUGGAAUUGUUGAACAAAAAUGUUGUUCCGAGUGAUAAAGAAAGACCCACAAUGGAGUGUGUUACGAAACAAAAUCGACCAGAGCGUGCAACUGCAACUAAAGCAAAGCUGAAAAUAUAUAAAAAAACAACAUAA